AUGAGGAUUAUAACACAUAUAUAUUUGCAAGUGACUCUUCUUGGAGCAUCACUAGGGGUACAGCUGAAUUACUUGGCACCAACAAAUGGAUUUAACGGCAAUGGAGGCAAUGGCAAUGGAUACAGAAACGGUAAUGGAGGCCACAGUAAUGGUAAUGGUGGUUACACUAAUGGUAACGCAAUUGGCACCGGUGGCUACUCAAAUGGAAAUGGCGCCUUCGCAAAUGGAAACGGCAACGGAGGUCAAAUAAAUGGUAACGGUGGUUACGCAAAUGAAAAUGGAGGCUUUUCCAACGGAUUUAACGGAAAUGGAGCAGUUGCUAAUGGAUAUUCAAAUGGAAAUGGAUUCACAAACGGAAAUGGUGGUUAUUCUAACGGAAAUGGCAAUGGAUAUGUCAAUGGUGGAAUUAUUGGAAAUGGUAAUGGUGUAACCAAUGGGAAUGGCUAUGGAAAUGGUGGAUACAGCAACGGAGUGGCUAACGAAAACGGACUGGAGGAUCCCAUCACCGCCCUGGUUAAUGCUAUAAGAGGGGAACCCGGCGUGGACUAUCCCAUCCUGGCUUACGUACCCGACACAGGAUUUACCUGCGGUGGACAGAUCCCUGGAUACUACCGUGAGUAAAAUAAUGCCCCCGAAGCUGGCUGUCAAGUGUUCCACAUCUGUCAGGCAGAUGGCAGGAGCGACUCUUUCCUGUGUCCCAACGGUACCAUCUUCAACCAGCAGUACUUCGUGUGUGAUUGGUGGUACAACUUCGACUGUUCCACCGCCCAGCAGUUCUAUGGUCUCAAUGCUCAGAUCGGAGUCGUCAAUGGUAAUGGUAAUGGAUACUCCAACGGCGUCGUUAAUGGUAUUAUUAAUGGUAAUGGAAUUUACGCCAACAGAUUAAACGGAAAUGGUGCACUUAAUGGAAAUGGAUUCACUACCGGAAAUGGCAAUGUAGUUAAUGGAAAUGGUUACACUAAUGGAAAUGGGUACACCAAUGGAAAUGCCUUAAUUAAUGGCAACGGUAAUGGUUACACAAAUGGCAAUGGUUACACUAAUGGUAAUGGUGUAAUUAAUGGUAAUGGUUAUACAAAUGGCAAUGGAAUUAACGGUAAUAUAUACAGAAACGGUAAUGGGGUUAAUGGCAAUGGAUACACGAAUGGUAAUGGUUUAACUAAUGGCAAUGGAAAUGGUUUUAUCAAUGGCAAUGGCUACACAAACGGUAAUGGCUUGACAAAUGGCAAUGGGGUCAACGGAAAUGGAUUCAACAAUGGUAAUGGAGUCAGUGGUAAUGGUCACGCAAACGGUAUUGGAGUCAAUGGAAAUGGUUACACAAACGGUAAUGGAGUCAACGGAAAUGGUUUCACAAACGGUAAUGGAGUCAACGGAAAUGGUUUAACGAAUGGCAACGGAGUUAACGGUAAUGGGUUAACCAUAUCAGCACCAGCGUCUCCCUCCGGCCUGUACCUAACACCGGUCUUCUAGACAUUGUUAAUGGUAAUGGGUGUAACGCAAUGGUGGUAGCCUUACACUCCAGCCUAUUUCAGACACCCAACUUCAGAGUCACUUGAUUCUCAACUGUUGUAAACAGUUUAUAAUACAAUGAUAGCUGCUGUUGAACUUUUGUCUGUGUCUUUCUUUACUUCGAGAAUUCAAGUUAAUUUUCCUCAAGAGGACACUACAAGUAGUAAGGUAAACUGCUGAACCGGACAUACAGAGGAACACAAGGUGAUGGCUGGUCAGGCCACACCAGACUACAUCUUUACUAAACUGUUGCUUGCCAAAACUGUUGUAAAC